ACUAACGCCCAAGUCUCCUGGUUGCAGCUGUCUCGUGUCCUCUUGCAUUCUCCUUCUGGCGUUUUAUCUGGAUCCACUCGAACGGAUUUGCCUACAGCCGACAAUUUUAAUGAUCCUGGUGCUGCUAUUUCUAAUCAUGAUGACUCUGGCUUAAUCAAGCUUUACAAAAGGUGCUUCAAACCAUCACUUUGGCCAGUCAACAUAGUCCCCAUCAACACCGAUCAAGUGUGGACUGAUUUAUCCGGUUCUGGUGGUACUCAGCUGGGUCUUGGUCUUGUCUCUUCUCUUUUGGUGAGGGAAUUUUUUUAUUGUGCUACUAAUAUUUUUAUUUUCUAUGUUCAAUUUAACUACACGGAUUUUUGCCGCCUAUUCAUCGCCGAAGAAAUUAAAGCUUAA